CUGCAGCUUCCGCCCGAUGUACCCUGGUGCCUUCUAAAACACCAUCGAUUCGGGUUUCCCCCUCUCUCCCUUCUUCACACGUAACACCUAUUUACACGUUGUCAGAGGCUUGGAUUACUUCGGUGAUUGUUCCAAUUAAUUCUCUGUUUAUAAACGCCACGAUAGCUUGUACCCUCAGCAAGCUCCCGCCGACGACCCGCGUUACCCCAAUUCACGAGGACGAGCGCCGUUGGUAAUCGCCACACUUCACCCAGCAGCUGGUGCUAGGCCCUUUGCCUGGCCUCUUUCUAUCAUGGGAGGGCCUCCGUCUCAUAUAUUCCUUGUCCGUCACGGCAAUCGCUUGGAUGCUGCCGAUAAGCAAUGGCAUCUCUCCUCGCCGACCCCUUACGAUACGCCAAUCACCUACAGCGGAUUUCUGCAGGCCCGCGCGGUUGGUAAUCAAAUUAUAAAUCUCCUCGAACAGACAAAGCUGGAAGAGGAGGUUCGCAAUGGCGAAACUCGUCGUAAACGAUUCAAGGUCAUCAUCCACUCGUCUCCGUUUCUACGAUGCGUCCAAACUUCGGUCGGUAUUAGCUCCGGUCUGGCACAAACAACCCACGAUUCUAUAUACAAGUCUUCCGAUAUUAUAGUGCCGCCAUUCACCCCUGCUGGCAAGUCGCCAGCACACCGCACUGCGCUGCUCCGCAUCGACUCUUUCCUCGGAGAAUGGCUUAGCCCCGAAUACUUUGAAUUGAUUACGCCUCCCCCGGGCCCGGCUCUCAUGCUGGGUGGCGCAAAGGCAGAGCUGCUCCGCCGGGAAGAUUACAGCAUGUAUACAGAGACGACUGCCGAUGAGCAGCCGGCACCGAGAUUAUCCAGAUCACUCUGGCAGGGGUCGCCUUCUGCCAGUCCAACGGUUACCCCGCUCCCCAACUCAGAGAGCGAAGGGGCAUUAAAUGUUUCAUCAUUGGCAGCAGCACUUCCGGUGGAGAGACGCAAAGGAUAUGCGCCCCCAAGACCAAUUCAGCCGGCGCAGGGCUCUGGUAAGAUUCCAGAGGGCUUCGUUGCCCACGCUCGCGAUGCUUGCACUACCGUCGACUAUCAAUGGGAUUCUAUGAGGGAGCCAUUAGACUUUGGUGAUGGUGGAAAGUUUGGAGAAGAGUGGGCAGCUAUGCACAAACGGUUCAGGCUGGGACUGCGAAAGCUUGUCAACUGGUAUGCUACCAACGAAGCAGCCGACAACAUGGUGACAUCUGUGGGGGCCACUGAGUCUUGCUCCAAUGAAUCUGGUUCUGUUGUCGAGGAAGAGGAUGUUGAAACCGUAUUGGUGCUCGUAUCGCAUGGUGCAGGAUGCAACGCUCUUAUGGGUGCCAUCACUCACCAGCCAGUCCUGAUGGACGUUGCUACAGCAUCUCUAUCCAUGGCCGUUACGAAGCCUGAUCUCGACUACAAGAAGCUGUUAGAAACAGCAAAAGCAACGGAUCCCUCUGUUGACUAUGUUACAGUUGAUCAAAUAUAUCAAAUGCGCAUGUCAGCUAGCACCGAACAUCUGCAGUCCACUUCUUCCACUCCGCUCUCCGGCCGGUCCGGACGGUCUGCCUCGACGGCAAAUGGCACUCGCCCGUUACCAUCUUCCAGGGGAAGGACGGCGACUUUUACCAACUCGGGCACCGUUAUCGGACCAUUUGUUGCGACAGACUACUUCAGUUUGGCGAGCAGAAGCAUCUCUGCUAGUGCCUCUGGACCUCCCCCCACGUUGCGAAAAGAAGCAUCAGAACGUUCAUUAAGGGGCGCCAGCGAAAUGAGCGACAGUGUUUCACAGACUACCUCGAAUGGCGAACGACCAACAUCGUCUGGGCUCUGGGCGCCGUCAACUCCAUCUCAGUCAACCUCAGAGCCUGCACCAGCGCCGGUUACAGCGGAGAGCAUCUUCGCGUCAAGCGCUCUGAAGAAACAGAGCAGUUUGUUCUCAGAUAACAACGAAGACAAACAUGCUUUCGGCGGCGGCAUGUUUCCAGAUUUUGACAAUGCUAGAUUCCAACCAGCAGCGCCGAGUAAACCGACUGAGCCAGCACCCGCCGCGCCAUUCUUCACGUUUGGCGGAAGCUUGGUGCCAUCAGCUACGUUCCCUUCUAGCCCGAUGCUUGCAGGCCCUAUCAGAGUUCAGACUGAUUUGACCGACGAUGUGGUAGUGGAAGAGGUUUCUGUUACGCCUCUAGGAAAUGGCUUGGGGGGAUUUUGGGGACAACCACCGCCUGCGAGCGAGACGGAACCCAUACGCGAUAUGAGCCAUACUAAGAGGCGAUGGACGAUGAAUGAAUCUGUUUAAAAGCAAGCCUAUAAAGGAAUGCAAAUGUACACUACGAACUUAUAUAUACCCCAUACGAACCACUAUUUAAUACCAUUCGCCAACGUCUUUAACCUGCCUUUUCACACUCAGUACCAUGUAUUUUUCAGCUCACGGUAAAUACUUCUUGGAUAUUUAGUUUAGAAUGUAUUUUUAUUUGAUAAAGAAUGCUACCAGCUCGACUUGUAAACUGGUUGAAACGCUCGAAUAAAAAAAAUCUAUACCCAGCAUGUGCCAGCUCGGGUGGUGCACAUCGUAGUUUUAGACGUCUAGUAUUGCUGCCAUUUGUUCAUGCCGGCGCUACCGCUAGUAUGUGGCAAUAAUUUGUUCUAUAAUUCUUUAUAUCGCUUGCAAAAGCGUCGAAGAUCGAUGUUCGUGGUGUUUUGGACUCUCCUGUGAUUGUCGCAAAUGGAAAAUUUCGUUGCUUUUAUCCUUUUUUUUUUCUCCGUUUUCUACCAGUGACAGAUUUAACCAAAGACCUGGGUCAUGGCCUUGUGAGCCAGCUCAACACCAAGGAACGUAGCGGCGUUGGCGGGAACAGCUCUAGCCAGAGCAGGGCCAAAGCCGGGGAAGAAGGCCUUGACACCACCCUUGCCGUAGAGCUCGCGAACGACACCGCCCAAAGUAACAUUGCCCUCGGCAGUCUGGAGACGCGACUUGAUGGUAUCAAUGGGGAAGAUGGGAAUCCACAUGGCAACACCGGCACCGGCACCAGCAGCCAUGAUGGCGCUGACGCUCAGCUGGCCAGUGGGCUUGCCGUUCUCGUCCUUGGGGGAAAGCUUGCGCUUGAUGAUUUCGUAGGCAGCAAAGUAACAGGCGGAACCGGGACCGUCACGAGCAAGAGUAGCAACGGUGCCACGGAAGACAGAGCGGACGCCGCCCUCGCGGUAGAGCUGGCGGACAACGUCGAGACCACCGCUGUACUUGGGCUUCUCGCCAGGAGCAAGCUGCUUCUGGCCCUGGACCUGGAGAAUAACCUUGACACGUUCGAAGGGCGCGGUAAUGGCGGUCAUGGGAAUGGCGGAGAAGAAACCGGCGGCGGAGAUCUGGGCAGUGGUGAGGCCGUCGGGGCCAACGGUACUGACCUUGGAAACAAUCUGCUUGCCGAGUUCGUAGCCCCAGAAGGAGACGGCGA